AAUAUUUAAUUUAAGACAAUCAAAGCAUACUUUUACUUGUCUUGUGAGUCCAUUUUUCUUUUGAGAAAGUUUUUAAAACAUGACAUAGAUGCAUAAAUAUAGAGGAAUACAGGAAAUAUAAGGCUUCAGCAUUGAUAAAUGGUAAUAAUAGUCUUUUUUUUUCUUUUUUUACAGAAGCACCUAGACUUAAUAUUAGUAUUCUCUGUAUAACAUUAGGAUUUAUGUUAUACAUGGUCAAAAAGAGAUCUACCUUGUUGGAGAGUCAUGUGCACCAUAAAUAAGCAAACUAGCUAAAAGAUUAGAGUAGGACAGCGGUAGCAGAGCAAGUUUAAAAAUCUUGAUUGAACUCAUGCAACUUUAACUUUAAUCUUUUGAACUUAAGAAAAAUAUAUCCUAAUAUAUAUAGUAGUAACUGAGACAAGGUUUGUAUUUUCAGUAUUUACAGCUUCAUAGUAUUUCAUUAACUAUGAAGCAAAUGCUUGUACUCCAGUUUGAUCAGAACUUUGAUUAGUUCAGUUAAAAACCUUUAUUCCAAAAUAAACAUAGUACAUUUGUCUAAGCAUGCACUCUUUUAUCAGAACAUUUAUUAACAUAAAAAAAUGGAUGAUGGUAAGUCAUAGUGGAUAACUACGGUUUUAGAAAUCUUGAUAUCUUUUUUUAAUCCCUCUCAUAAAUAUUGACUCAUUUGAUCUUGUGAUAUAACAGCCAUACCUCUUCAAAACAAACUUUUUGGACAAUAAUAAUUUAUUGUACAAGCAUGAAAUUAGAAAAUGUGGUCAUGGAUUGAGCAAAAAUUAUGUUGAUAUUGUGUUUGGCUGCAGCCAGUGGCUGUGGGGAGAAUCUCUACAUGGCCAGCUUCAAGAACUCCUAGUCCAACGCCAUCCAGGCCUGGUACAACAAGGUAGCCAACUUCCUCUACGGAGUCGGAUCCAUUAACGGAGGAGUGGUGGGACACUAUACACAGGUUGUUUGGGCCACCUCCAAAAAUACUGGCUGUGCUAUGGCCUACUGCUCCAACUCCACAUACAAAUACUUCUACGUCUGCCACUACUGCCCACAAGGAAACUACAAUUUCACUAAUCCCUACAAGUCAGGAACAUCCUGCAGUGACUGUCCCAGCGCCUGUUACAACAAACUCUGCACCAAACUGUAAUGACUAGCAAAGCAGCCGUCCCAAGACUCAGCAGUGGUGGGGCUGCAGCCACAGCGAUGUGGCCUCCUGGAGUCCCACCUCCUGCAGAUGCACCGAUCAGAUUAUCUUAAAGUCACAGAUGUACUCUGACUCACCCGUCAGUUUCAACAAAGACACUAACUGCAUAAAUCUGUGUUGUUAUUCUGCUGGUUAUUAACCCAGCAUAAAAGGUGAGACCUCUUUGUGCUACAGGCGGAAGCAGAAGAGUCUGGCUUGUAACUCCUGGCUGUUGGAGCUGCUCAGUAAUUAGCAGAGGUCAAAAGGGAAAUGUGCUUUGGCACAGUAACCCUUUGAACAAACAGCCUGCAGGGGCAGGUAUCCUUUGACAAUUUGUGAGGUGCAAACUCACAGAGAGGAAGGAUAGCAGAUAUGACAGGGUUAUUUCACAGAGGUGGGGAGGAAAGAAAAAUAAAGCUGUAUACAGUUUGUUAUCGAGACCACUUGUUACCUCAAAAUGUGUAAAAUAAAUAUCCUUUUCAAAAAUGGAGAAAAAUAAAACUUCUAAUUCAAGCACAUUUAAUUAAUGAAACAAUGCCACUAUUUUGUCUCUUUCAGCAACAAGCAAAUCUCAAGUUUCCUCUCCGCAUUUUAAUUGUUUUCGUUCUCAUUCAUAAAAUAAUCCAUCCAAACUUCAACAUUAUAUUUCCUAUUACCACAUGGUAAAACACACUGCCAUUGUAUUGAAAUUAACCCGCUUUCCAUGCGAUAACAGACGUCUCCCAUUUAAAAAUAAACACUUGCCCUGAGUUUUUGCAGCACCGCCAUGCUUGCCAAAAAAGUCUCUCUUCACCUAUUGCAGUUAAACAUUAUCCAAAUUUCCUGUUUCUGCCUUAAUGAGAACAGCACCUGCUGAGAGUGGACAGAGUAGCCGAGUUGGAGCAGAGGGGAGAUAAGGCGGAUGAGUUUUUUCGUCUGCCAGCGGGUCCGGCGAUAGCAAAGGUCCUCUGGUUUGGUCGGUCUCGAUAAGGCCAGUCUUGCCAUCCUGUGGGGCUUAUCAUGUGCAGCAGCAAGCCUCAACAGUUAGUCCCAGAGCCAGAAACUGUUUAUGAGACUGGCGUCAGCUAGGCAUCCCUAACAGUUUUUUUCUGUUGCUGUUAUUGUUUAAAAUUGCAAAAAUAAUGACAUGUUUAUUCAAUAUUUUAGUUUUCAUAGCACCAACAGUGUUACCCAUUUAAUUCCUGUAGCAAAUAGUGGCUUAUUUUUGAAGUAUCUCCAUUUAAACUCAGUUAAGCCAAGUUAAAUGUAAAGAUGGAGCUCUGCUGCAACCUAGGGGAUCUAGAUACUAAGCAGACUAGUUAUAUUAAGCUAAUUUUAAGAAAGACAGAAGCAAAAAAAAAAGUAGAUGGAAGCAAACAAAAAGAAGUAUAAUAAGUUGUUGGGAGCUCUAAAAAGGCAUUUCCACAGGCAGGAAGACACAGACAGAUCAGUUACAUCAGAAUGCCCAGACUGAAGACAGUUAAUUUAGUCUAUGCUGUUAUCUCGCAACAUCACCGUCCCCUCGGAUCGGAAACAGGAAGCCAAAAGAAAAAGAGCUGCGUCUCGAUGGAACCCAGCAAACAUUUCAGGCCUCAAUGCAGCAAAAUCUAAAUGAUGAAUGUCUUCAGCUCAGAUUACGUUUGUUAUGAUAUUACAUGAAACUAACUAUCAAAGUUAGAGCUUGUUGCUACUAAAAAUGCAAAAGCUUUUUCAAAAAUGACUGGAAUACGAAUAGAAAAAUAUAAACAGCCUUUAUUCUAUGACACAAGGGAAUUUCAGGUGUAAUAGCAGCAUAACACAAAAACAAAAAGUUCUGAAGGUGUUUAAUAUGAUAUAUAAAAAACAAGAUUAACAAUAACAACAAGAGAAUUUUUCUUUAGAUUUUUUCUACAUCUUUUAUGAACACAAACGUGAAUGCAUUUUACUGGGAUUUUAUGUAAUUAAUCAAUAAUAAAGGAAAGCUAUUCUGUGCAUUUGU